UGGAGGAAGACUCAAGCCCCGAUCAAUAAGAAUAUUCGCAUGCACAUGCAGACUGCGAAUGGAGGUUCCCAGGACAUGUCUGGAUGCCUUGAGAUGCUUGAAAUCAACGUUGAUGGUAUCAAAAUGUGGGCCCAUGCCUAUGUUAUUGCUGAUGCUCCAUAUUGUUUGCUCUUAGGAUGUCCGUGGCAGCGGCUUGUUCAAUUGUCAAAGUCAGAAACUGCAGACAUGGUCUAUGUCACCAUCCAUGACCCU